GAGAGACAGCUUCAUCACUCAUAGAGCCUUUUGCGACGCUUUGGCUGAGGAGAGUGCGAGAGCAAUAACGGCUAAUCCCUUAGUCAGUCACCACCCACUUCUCUUCCCCGCGCCGCCACCACCACCACAGCCACCCAUCACCCUACCACCUCAACCACAAUUUCCACAUUUGAUCCGAUCAGCCACAGCAGAACCAAGCCAAGAGCUACAAGAGUUAGUCACUCUUAAGAGAGAAACACAACAGCCACCUUUCAAUUUAAGACAAGAAAUCCCUUCAUGGCUAUCAAGCCAGGGAAAUAAUACUUCUCCGCUCAACUACCAUGACCUUCCAUUUUCUCUGUAUGCAUCAAGAAUGGUGCAAGAGAAUGGUAUUCCCCAUCAUUUGAUCUCGACACCAGCUCCGGCUAUGGCGCCUGCUCCGCACAUGUCGGCGACUGCACUGUUACAGAAAGCAGCUCAAAUGGGAGCUAUCAGUGCAAGUAGCAAAGUUAAUGCUACAGGUCUUGGAUUGUCUUCUUCUCACCAACAAGAAACUACGAACUUCCAUGGCUCAGCAAGCCAAAGUCCAUUUCUUCAAGAUUUAAUGAUGAAGUCCAUGCCACAAGCUUCUCUGUUUGAUGACCACGGAAGGAGAGAGGAAGGAAGAAAUGGGAACGAUGGCUUGACCAGAGAUUUCUUAGGACUGAGAGCUAUCUCACAAAGAGAUCUUCUCAACAUGGCUGGCAUUGAGACUUGUAUGAGUAAUUCCUAUGACAAUCAGAAGAAGAAGUCAUGGCUGGGGAAUUAAAUAGCUUGCAUUCUGGAAGAGAAAUGGUAUGGAUGCUUCCUUUUUCUUUAUCAAACAAAGAGAAAUUAGCUAUGUUUCUUUUGAUAUAUGGUUCAAUUUCUAUAUCUUUCAGCCUUUUUCUUUUUGUCUAAAGGUGGGCAAAGCUGGUUCCUUUUAAUUUUUCUACCCGUUACUUAUUUUGUGGAAAGGGGAGUCGAUUAGAAGAAAAUAUAUAUGUGGUGUCUAGUUUUAUAAAUAUAUAAUUUUAUUUCUGUAUGAAUGACUGUUAAAUUCAAUCUCUGUAAUAAGAUUAGAUCUAUGAAACUUCUUUUUUAAUGCUGAUC